AUGGCGGCUGCAGGUGUAGCUAAAGAUCGCAAGUGCACCGCUUUUUCUCCUGUUAAACUGGUAUUGGUUGCCUCCGGUACUCAUUGGGUUGAACCAGACACCGUGGCAGCAAAAGAUGGUAAUCUCAUUACUGCCGCCACUUAUGAAGGGCACCCUGAAUUUAUUCAGCACUUUAUGAAGGCACUAGGAGGCAACAUAAGUGGCUCCAACAAAAAAAAUCUUUUCUUUGUGGGGGCAUUACACCCAAUGAUUGAUGUUGUGAUCUCUGAAAGUAAUGAGGUGUACAAUUACAAGUCUAGCGGCUUUGACACCCCUGUGUCUUCAGAUGAAGAGAAGGGUCCACAAGGACUAGAUUUUGAUGAGGAUACUACAUAUAGAGAUGUUAAGUUUGAGCUUGGGAUGCAGUUUGCCACUAUGGAGCUAUUUAAGAAGGCUUUGAAGGAUAUCAAAGAAUUCAAAAUUAAGAGACUACAUGAUCAACACACUUGUGGUAAAGACUAUAAGAGCAAUUUGGCUUAUAAGAAAUGGAUUGUUGAGAAGUUAGUGAAAAGGUUGAAGUCUCAACUAAAGCUGACACCUAGAAAGGCCAUGGAGCAUAUGAAGCAACAUUACAACAUGCAACUAAAUGCUAAGAUCAUAACAAGGGCUUUAAAGGCUGCUAGGUACAUUAUGCUGGGGAAUGAAAAUGAACAAUUUGGAAAAAUGAGGGACUAUCUAGUGGAACUCCAUAAAAGUAACCCAGGAAGCACUAUGCACAUGGGUGUGAACCCACAGCCACAAGGUCCACCGUUGUUUGAGAGUGUGCAUAUCAGUCUAGAUGCAUGUAAGAGGGGCUUCAAGACAGGGUGCAGACCACUCAUAGGAUUAGAUGAGUAUUUUUUGAAAGGGUAUUAUAGAGGUCAAAUGUUAUCUGCGGUUACGCAAGGGCUCAUAAAGGCUGUUAGUGAAGUUUUGCCCAAUGCACAUCAUCAGAAUUACACCUUACACAUUUGGAAGAAUUGUGAGUUGAGAUUUAGGGAUAAGAAUGUGAAGUUGUAUGUCAUGGCUGCCUCAAGGUACACUAUGCAAAUACAGUUUAAGGCUACAAUGGAUAGGUUGAAGGCAGUAAAUUUGGGAGCUUGGGAGUACAUGAGCAAGUUUAAGCCUUCUAGGUGGUGCAAAGCAUUUUUCAGCCACUAUCCAAAAAAUGAUGCAGUCACCAAUAACAUCUUUAAGGUUUGGAAUGUUGUUAUUGUUGAAGCUAGGGAGAAGCCUAUUUUGAUACUCUGUCAGGAAUUAAGGUAUUACAUAAUAAAGAAAAUGGAAAAACACAAGAGGAUAUUGAGGGCUUAUACCAGAAAGUUUGCACCAGCACAACAAAUGAGGCUAGACAGAUACAUUAAGCCAAAGAGAGUAUCUUAUGUCCAUGCUAUUGCAGCUAUCUCAAGGGUCAGAGUCAUGGCUGCUGAGGAUUUUGUUUCACCAUUCCUCAUGGUGGAUGCCAUAAGAAAGACCUAUGAUAUUUGCAUCAACCCUGUGCCUAUUGAAGUAUUCUAA